GGCGGGCGGGCCGCGCAUACGGGAUGAGGCCGCGGGCCUGGUCAUGCGGGGCCGGCGCGCGGCGGGGAGCGGCGCGCAGGCCGCAAGAUGGCGACCGCCAUGUACCUGGAGCACUACCUGGACAGUAUUGAAAACCUGCCGUGCGAGCUACAGAGAAACUUCCAGCUGAUGCGGGAGCUGGACCAGAGAACAGAAGAUAAGAAAGCAGAGAUCGACAGCCUGGCAGCAGAGUACAUCGAAUCAGUGAAGAACAUGUUGCCUGAGGAGCGAGUGGAGCACCUGAAGAAGAUCCAGAGUGCCUACAGCAAGUGCAAGGAGUACAGUGAUGACAAAGUGCAGCUGGCCAUGCAGACCUACGAGAUGGUGGAUAAGCACAUCCGCCGGCUGGACGCGGACCUGGCGCGGUUUGAGGCCGAUCUCAAAGACAAACUGGAAGGCAGCGACUUCGAACCCCCCGGAUCUCGGAGCCUGAAAAAGGGACGAAGCCAGAAAGACAAAAGAAGCUCUCGUGGCCGAGGCAGGAGAACAUCUGAAGAAGAUACACCAAAGAAAAAGAAGCUCAAAGGAGGGUCUGAGUUCGCUGAUACCAUCCUGUCAGUGCAUCCCUCGGAUGUCCUGGACAUGCCAGUGGAUCCCAACGAACCCACGUACUGCCUGUGUCACCAGGUGUCCUAUGGGGAGAUGAUUGGCUGUGACAACCCAGAUUGCCCCAUCGAGUGGUUCCACUUUGCCUGUGUGGACCUGACCACCAAACCAAAAGGGAAAUGGUUCUGCCCUCGUUGUGUUCAGGAAAGAAAGAAAAAGAAGUAAAGAGUAGAGGGGAAAGCACUGCCGAGGCAAGAAGAAUUUAAUAUAUUCCUUCAUUCACGUUGCAAUAUGAUUAUUUUUUGUUAAUCUGCCCUCCAUCUUUUUUCUGGUAUGGUAUUUAAUUAUCCAGUGGCCAGUUGUAAUUCCUGUUCUUUCAUAAGAAAAUUACUUUGGGAGGGAGUCCCAAAUCCCUUUGCCACAGAGAUUUUAUUUAUGUUACUCUUGCACAGUAGUAUUUAGAGAGGGUGUUGCCUUUCCUGGCUGUUUCCAUUUCCCUGAAGAUCCUUUAAGUACCUCACUGUGAAGAUGAAACCUACAGUAUUCUUGGAGAGAGAGAGAGAGAAGGUUGGAUUUAUUCACAAAAUAAGAUGAAGGCCUAAAUUGUCAGCUGUGAUUGCCUGUGUGGGUAAAUCAGGAAAUCAGGUUUUAGGGAGAGGCUCCACGAGGACACUGUGUGUGUUCCCAUGAUGGUGUGGCUCUGCUAUUGGAGAAGAGCACUCAGGAAUGUUCUAGUUUUUUAUUGGGCCACAUUUGCAUGUUCUUGACUUCUUUAAGCUGCCUUUCAGAUGAUGAAUGUGAUUCCUUUUGUUGACGCAGUGUCAGUGGCUACAGCAGAAGGGAGAGAGGAAAUCAGGAGUGGGAAAGCAAAAGUCUUUGUUUUCUUUCUUCCUCUGAGUUACAGUGGAUGCAGAAGUUGAGGGAGGACCAGAGAUAGGUCUUGUCUUUAUAUCUGUCUCCUGCAUCAUGAGGUUUACCUGCCUACAAUGAAAGAUGUAGUGAGGAAGGAUUGUUCUGCUGGUGGAGGGGGAAAGAAAAGCCCCUCAGCUCCCGAAGUUUGCUGGCCACAGUCCCUGAGGGGUGUUGGUAGCAGCUCUGGGCAGGGCUGUGAGCUGCUUUCCUUAACAGUGUGCAGGAGAUCUUGGAGACUGCUGCAAAGGCAUGAAGAAACCUUCCAGAUAAGCUUUUCUUCUGCUGAAUAAGCAGUAUAGGAGAUUAAAAACACUUCUCAGAUUCUGGCACCUGUUUU